ACUUGAUCCAAUACAGCUUGCAACUUACAACUUUUUUUUUUGUAACUGGCUACAUUGGCAGUAUAACAGGCUGUGCUUGCCAGAUUUUAAUUGGACAUGUCCGGUUCCUAUUUAAUUCAAAUGAAAUGUUUGACAGGUGAAUAUAAUUACAGGCAAUUACAUGAACCUUUGCAUGCUGUGCCCUCUAAUUAGUCAAUUUUCCCUGACAUCUACUUUACCUCUAGAUUUAACUGUUUAAAAAAGGUGGAAUAUUUAGGUCUCAAAAUGCAACUGGUGAAUGUGUUCAUUCAAGAUGGCUGAUUUGCACUGAUUAUUUGUGUGCACACUGAUCUAAUGUUAAGCUUGUCAAAUUUGACUGAAUUCACUGAAGGAUUCACUUAGUGUCAAUGAUCUUUUUCUUAAAUGUAUUUUUUGUCAAUUUAUAUAUGCUUAUCGUACAUUUAAGGUAAAUCAACCUUGACGCUGAAAAUUCAUAGAAUGUAAUAAUUAUAUUUAUUAUUUUUUACAGUCUCUUUGAAAAUCACUAUUUGUAGUGUAUAGUAAUAUAUUGUACUAUAUCAACCUUGCGUUUAAUAUAAGACAUUUGCUAAAAUAGCAAGAGGAAAUUGUUCACAUUUAAAAAAAUCAGUACACAAAAAAAGGAUAAACAUGGAAUUGUUACACUAUCCCUUAAAUGACAGCUGCAGAUUUAUCCCUCCCAAAGACUCUUCUUUUCUUCUUUCAAAGCUAUUGAAAGGCCACUCUCUUAAUGAAAAUGUAUGAGAGAGAACAUAUAGGCGCCCCUCCUCCUCUUAACUUCUUCUGGCUGAUUGUGCGACUGAAUUGUGCACACUAAAUAUAUGCAACACCAUGAAAAAAGUGGGUGCUCAUUUGAAAGCAACCUAAUUUAAAAACAAUGGCAUCUGAUCUGCAUAAUGCUUGGUAAUGGCAACAUUAUUGUCUAUUUCAUUAAUAAUAAUUAUUGAGGAGGAACUUGAGAAUGAAACCCAUUAUCUUCAUUACACAACUCCAUCAUGGGAUUUAAAGACUGUUUCUCUACAACAUCCUUCUAGUUCUCAGCCAGCUGCCACCAUGAACUUCUCAGAGCAUAUUUCAUUUGACUGUAAUGUCGGACCGAGUGAGAAGCCACAGCUUGACAUUAGUGUCACCAAAAGGGAGCCGCUGACAAUUGCUGUCCCCAUGACCAUCUUCUACAGCAUCAUCUUCUUGUUGGGAGUAUGAACAGUCUUACUCAAUGGUGUGAGCAUACUGACUCUCCUCAUGGAUGCUCAUAUGAGAGUCAGUGCCAUUCGUUUCUACCUUCUCAGCCUGGUCAUAUCAGACAUUCUGCAGCUGUUGACCAUCCCGGUAACUUUGUAUCGGUACUACUGGGAGAGCUACCCAUGGCGUCUGGGCCAAACAGUAUGCAAAGUCUACUUCAUGGUCCGCCAAGUGUACUGUGCCACCACAAGCUGGGUUAUCAUGACCUUCACCACUGAGCGCUAUGCAGCCAUUUGCCACACCAUGUGGUCUGUCUCCAGCCUGAAGAAGUCUCGGCUGCCAUGCCUUGUUUCAGUAUGGAUCAUUUCUCUGGUCUCGGCAGUACCCUUUGCUCUAGUCUAUGACCAGGCUCGUGCCUGCAUCCUGGACUACACAGCCACUACACGAGAAGACGCCUUCCAAGUCUCCACCAUGUGUGAGAUGACAGAGCCUGAUCCUGCUUACGUAUACAAAGGAGCUUUACUACUGAGAGCGGGGAUCUUCUUUGUGGUCCCGCUGGUCACUAUCUCUACUCUCUAUCUGCUCAUCCUGCUCUACCUGAGGCGGAACGGACAUCAAAGGAGAAACAUGGGUCUCACGCGGCCAGAUCCACAAGGAAGAAGAGAAAUCCAGUGCCAUCAGAAUGGAAAGCUACUUUUAAAUGAAAAGAGAGCUCUAAAACUAAUGGGUGCAGUCGUGUUUGCCUUUUUUGUUUGCAACUUUCCGGACAUUGCCUCGUCACUGAUGCAGGUCUACGUGGUUGUGUGGUCCGACACUGUCCUUUCUGUCUACACAAUCCUGAAAUCAUAUUUGUCGCUUCCACUGUGGUAUAUCAACGGUGCUCUGGACCCGCUGCUGUUCUGCGUUUCCUCCCACACAUUUCGCAGGGCAUGCUGGAGAACUCUGGGUAGGCUCAGGCCUCACUGUUACUUGAAGUAUGGGAGGAUGUCUUGGCUGCAGCAGAGAAGUUCUAGUGAAGAAGCAAGCACAUCAGCCAGAGAGAGGAUUGAUGGUAAAUGCUAUAGAGAGAAUAAGGCCAAAAAGAGAAAUACAGUAGCCUACCUAACAAAUCAGAUCAGUGAAAUGGAAAUGGCCAUUAAAGCCCCUCUCAGUAUGAGCUGAACAAAUGUUUCACCUUGGAAUACAAAAAACUUGCCUUCAUCUCUGCUUUCUUUCUUUUCCUUUUAUUGCUGUACAGUAAAGCCCAGUUCAGACCAAUGAUUUUACACCAAUGCGAUGAGACGGUGUAUCAUCUCCAUUACAACGCCUCUUUGCCUACUUCCGUUAUAACUUUUCUGUAACUAAAUAUAGCCUAUCAUUUGUUUCGUCUAAAUAUGAAUGUGGAUAACGUUAGUGAUAGUGAAAUGCUUGCUACAGUUUCAUUUCUAGUGAUGAAUCGGCGAAAACACGUUUUAUUUCUCUGCUUCAUUGCUUUGUUUUAACAACACUGGGUGCUCUCUCUCUUCAGUCACUCUCCAUCUCGUUAGCGUGCUUUCGGGCGGUCGUUGAGGAUCCGUCUAAAUUUCUGCCAUUUCGACCAGCUGUUUGUAACAUAAAAAUAAAAUGGAUUAUAGAUAAUUUUAUUUCUAUAGUUUAUAGCUGACUUUACCAGCUGACUGGGCUUUAUGAAAAAGUAGCCUACUGCUAGCAUUUAACAACACUCUGAGAUAGGCCUACUCUUAAAAGAAAAAAAAUAGACAAUGUGUUGAAUUUACUUGUAGCCUAUUGUGAUACCAAGUAACCUUUCUGUUGUUUUAGGUGCUCUUUUGUCUAGCUAGAAAUACACACACAUACACACAUAUACAUAUAUAUAUAUAUAUAUAUAUAUAUAUGGUGCUUUAAAGCUUACAUUAUGUGACUGAUGUGAAGACAAAAAAUGUAGAAAUGUAAUGUUUUAUAUCAAGGUUGAAAGAACACUUCGGGAAUUUUACAAAAAAGUGACUGGACAAGAUGUGGUGGUGUGUAUUACAAUGUUGACAUUGAAAUAUAUGUUGUUCAAGAGUAUUAAUUGCUCACAUUAUAACUUUAGGUGACACACCAAUUUAUUUCUCAAUCUAGAUAACGCAGAGGAGGGACAAAAAUGGUCAGUUAAAGAACACUAGUCUGUUCUUUGUAUUACCCUGUAACAUUGUUGUCAAAUGAUGGGGUUGGCACACUGAAUGAGUCUCUGCUGAUAGUGUCCAUCACAAUCAUGAGCUGUAUUUUAUUCUGGCUUCAAAAGCUGUUUGGUGCUGACAUAACCACCUUUUAUAGAUCUUGUAUUUUGCAUGUGAUAUAAAAAAAUUAUUUUGCCAAAUGUCUGGUUUUGGAGUGGAAUGAUAAUACAUCAGACUUAUAUACCGCUUUUCAAAAUCCUCAAAGGUGCUUUAAAUACUGUGGGAUACAAAUAAAAACAAAACAAGCGGUAUGGAGCAUAACAUAUUUUUGUUGUCAAGGCAACCAACAGCAAGAGACAAAACCACUCAGAUCAAUCCACUAUAAAUGCAUGCAGCUACUCAAGUUAACCUUCUGAAAUGUCACAUAGAUGCCCUAUCUAUCUAUCUAUCUAUCUAUCUAUCUAAAGAAUCAGACAAGAUAGAAUCUGACUUAUUCCUCGUUUUUUCUACAGUAAAUGUAAAGGUGGACAAUGUGUGGCUAAAAUGUUGCCAGUUAUAUCUAAAUAAAAGGAAAAAGGUAACAAACAA